CCCGCUGUCGUGCCAGGUGACUCGGUGCCCGCUGUCGAGCUUGGUGACCCGGUGCCCGCUGUUCUUCCCGAUGACUCGGUGCCCGCUGUCGUGCCAGAUGACUCGGUGCCCGCUGUCGAGCUUGGUGACUCGGUGCCCGCUGUCGGGCUUGGUGACUCGGUGCCCGCUGUCCUGCCAGAUGACUCAGUGCCCGCUGUCAUGCCAGAUGACUCGGUGCCCGCUGUCGUGCCAGAUGACUCGGUGCCAGCUGUCGGGCUUGGUGACUCAGUGCCCGCUGUCGUGCCAUUUGACUCGUGCCUGCUGUCGA